CAAGCUUUCAGCGCGGAAGGAAAAAACACGUCACCAGCUGGGGUGCCAUAUGGCCCAGCGGCUGAACUCACCGCGCAGACAGCUGCGCAGGGCUUCAGCACCAGCGGCGACGAGGAGAAAACGAGCCAACCAUCCCAUUCAGAAAAGCACGGGACCGGGAGCGGCCACGACAGUGAAGCAGAAGACCAGCAGUCCGACUCCGACAGAGGGGCGUCAACGACUCCCAUGGAAAGAAGCAGUAUUUUACUCAUUUAAUACAACCCCAGGUGUGAAAAGGUAGAUUCAUCGGUGAAGACAUGUCAUAGUACACAUAGAAGACUUUGGGCUUUGCCUUUGAUGUUCCUAUCAUAUCUCAAUCUCACUUGUCGUGUAAGCACGUGCUACUACUUGUCACUAGGAGUUGUCUGAUUUAGAAGUUUGGUAUUUCAUCUCCAGGUUUGUUCUCGGAGGGUACCAGAGCUGAGAUCAGUGUGGAUGCAGGCAAGAGCGUUGUCAAGCACGGCAGCCGACCUCCGGAAGAGGAAGCUUCAAAAGUGGACGAGAUGGAACAGGCAGAAGCUUCCUCUUCAAAAGUCACUCGCAGCGAGGCAAGAGGACGAGAUGGAACAGACUUAAGGGUAGGUUAAAGGUGCUUUUCUUACCGCUUUUUAUGCCUCUCUCCCUUAGGUGGAGAAAGGCGCAACAAGCGGGGUAAGCGAGCACCAAAAACCUACCUCUAACAGACAGAAGCACUAAGAGAGUGGCUAAGACUGAUGUCGUUGCGAGUCUCGCCGAGUUCGUAGCUGCCGGAGAAAUAGACUGGGCGAACAUUUUAUGCACAAACUUCACUCGAUACUAGUAUGGAUUUCUUCGCUCGAUAGACGAGUCGAUACUUCCAGCCCCGUAAGAAAAGUAGCCCUACUAGGCUGUGAUAGUUGUACUUAAGUAUCCAAAGACGCAGGUUCAUCUUCUAUAAUAGUCUGCAUACGAGUACUGAUGACCGCCAGGCAUUCAAUAUUGUCAGCUCUUCUAUACCUUAGGUUUAUCCCUUCAAACAACAUUGUCAGCUCUUCUAAAAACUGCGACGGUCACGGUGACGACAACUGCGGCAAGAUUGGUGAAGAUGUUGCGGCGGUCAACAUCGUCACCGCCGUCGCUCUUGGCGAUGUUGAAGGCAGUGGGUAGGCAGGUAGCCGACGCAUUCGACGUUCUGCGCCGCCGCAUUGGAGGGCUUGCUUGGUCGAGCUCCUCGACGGAAGCGGAGGUUGAUGAAGCCGAAGGCGGGCUGCUAGAUUUAUGGGAGGAAAUAGUGACGCUGUAACCUCUACGUGACAUGGGGGGUCGUAAUGUAGUUCUGCGUCCCUGUGGUCUAUCAAGAAGCAAAAGGUUCUUGCAGAUUUUGGGUGGUGUGUCUUUAUUGGGGAACAUCAUGAUUGCGAGGUGUAGUUAUGUAAUUGUAAGCUGUCCCAGUCUCUUUUCAUUCUUGUCGCCGAGAUGACAGGUAAAUCGGUUCGGCGCUGUAGGAAGAUUGGAUGGAAAGAGACGUUAUUAAGUGUUUUCCAAUACCCCCUCAUUUCUUCCUCUUUCACAUUGUGUCACUGACGACAUGUGGCUGCAGCGAGACCAAGGUGCGCUCGAGCUUUCUUUGUUGCAGCCGGAUGAACGCAACGCUGAUCCGACUAAGAACGUUGGGGAAGCCAUGAAGUUACUCUUUAAUAAGGAAAACCGCGAGCUGGUGUUGGAUUCUCUUCAGAAAUAUGAAUGUGCACGUAAAGCAGAUGCAGAAGCUCAUGAGACGACGCUGACGAAAGUUGUUCUUGAUGGUAAUAAAUUCAACGAGGAGACUCAUUAUGGCGCAUCAUGCAAUUCAUAUUCAAUCCAUAUGAAGAUGAACAUUGUUGAGUGGGAAUGCGUGGAAUCAUGCUCCUGCUGAGUCCAUUAAUAUUUAAGAUAUGUUGACGCAGGUCUUUCUCUUUCCUUGAACGUGAACAAAACUGGCGACGGCGAAAUACUUGGUCGUUGACUAUCACCAACAAUAUGUAGCACAGAGACAGCUUGCGUGGUUUUACGUUUAUUCUCUUCACGUCUUUAGCCUCUCAAGCUUCCAAUCAGACAACAGACAGUUUUCAAUUCUUUUAGCGUAGCCCGCUCCCGCAGGUCCUUUACCUACUUCAUGUUGUAUGUGGUUCACGAUGAUCUUGAUCAUCACGUAAGUAUUGAAUGAUUUUCAAGGGGCUUACCCGAGUCGCUUUACCAUACUAUGAUCCAUCCUCAUGAUUCAUCGCAAGAGAAACCGUUUGCUCCAGCUUUUCGCACAGGGCGUGUGGCUCUACUGCGAGUGCCCUGUACCUCAAAUAAGAAACGAUUGGCAGUUUAACCUUGUUGGAGCUCCAGAGGGGAGAGAAUUGUGUCGAACCUAUGCGGUCUAUAAUAUUUUAGAGCAGCAAGUUGAUGGCGCACAAAACGAUGGCGGAUUGUUGGUUCUGGCGGCACAGCACAUUCCCGCGCAUUAUCGCGCAACGGCUACUCCAGAUAUUCCCAGCGACGCUUCAGCGCCUACGACGACCUUUACCCGCAAUUUGUUCUGCAAAAAAUUGAAGAGCGAACAGCUCGAAGUCAGGGAGAACAAGAAUGGAGAGACAGUAGAAGAGUGGGUUUCGCUGGAAAAAAAGAACAAAAGCGAAUGCGCGGCAACUGUUCUUUUCGCAAGCGCAUGGAAGAUCGAGAUGCAUCAGCACAAGGGCGUAAAUGUCGACAGCAGCAUCGGGCUCCCUUUCUGCAAGCACCUGCGCCGGGAGAUCGACCGUGGGAAUCACAUGGCACUCUGCAUGAAUGCCAUGGAUCCCGUAAACAGCGGAGUUCUUCUCGCUGAUCUGCAUCCUUCCACGGCGGGUGAGGAGACGAGGAACGCGAUUUGGUACACUUGGCAGAGCAUUCGCGUACUUGUAAUAAGCGGGUUCUUCCACCGAGACAUCAAACCCAAGAACUUCCUGUCUCAAGGUGGAGGCGAGCUCACUGAUAAUAUAUGGAUGGCGGCCGACAUGGGCCUUGCGUGCGCUUUUGACCUGAUCACCGCACCAGGACCAGGAGAUCCAGUUCGAGGCGACGUGACGGCAUGCCGCGACUCUGUUGGCGAGGCUGGCACUUGGGCCUACAUGUCCCCGGACCAUUUAGGCGAUUUCAAGCGGAUUGUUGCCGAUAGUGGUGCCAGAGGGGACUCCUUCAGCUGGGCGGUUAGUAUCGUCAGAGCCCUCACGAAUACUCUACGAGUAGCUGACUUGUUGGGACUAAAAUGCGGCGAGUACUCUGAUACUCCACGAAAGCACUAGGGUAUGUUUGUUUACUUUCAUUCAAUUUAGGCUGUCACUCACCCAGGAAACUUGUUCAGUUUGUCAUCGGUAAGAACAAGAUUUCAACUUCGACUCAAUGAUGCAUGAAAACGAAAAUCGUCGCAAGGAACAAGACCACAUCAGUUCUAAGACACGUGCCAAGAAAAAGCUGCACUGGAAAUGUUGGAGAAACGAGAGGCAUGUCCUGGUUCUAUUUUGGUUAUGGUGCAGUCCUUUCUGUGGCGGUGCGUUUUGACACUGGCCGUGUUUAGUGUAUUUUAUGUUCGAAUAAAACCUUACCGUUAGGAGCUCGUCCUUGUGUCGUGUCAAAGUUCCCGACGCUCCACAGAUUGGUACCUGCUCAUAUCUUCGCGGAUGACUCAGUCACAGUUGAACAAGCCGACUCAGUCGAAGGUGGGCGAACUCUCUUUUUCGAACAUUCAGAACGAGCCAAAAUUAACCGCAGGCGGGAUGCUACUACAAGAAUUAUGCUGUGUUAGUACUUCGAUCUUGAUUUUUGAAAUCUGCACAGAGUCAGAGGGAAGAUGCUGACAAUCGGAUUAGACGGUAGAAGAUAGAAGUAAGGUGGACGUAUUAAGACCUGGCAAAGAUGUCGAUGUAUUAAGACCUGGCUCAAUUAUGUCAGUCUAUGAUCUACAAAAGUUGAUGGUGCGUGAUGUCUUUCUUGGCCUUUAUCUGCUAUUAAGACCACUCGUUGAUCAUUCACCCCUCGUCUGUGGACUGUUCAUCUUGCUGGCUCCUGCAAAAGAGCGCGCAGGUGUCGGCUGAGAAAAUAGCGGCGCUCAGCGAAACGAUGCUCCUGCCAUUGGUGUCGCAGAGAGGGAAAUCAGAGCAGUCGGAUGCCAUUCCGGCGAUCGACCUAAUCGCACAAGCACUUCUAGGAAACCCAUGGAACUUACGCUAUGCCGAGCAGAAUAGCAAAAAAGUCUACCGCUGGAAGGAGACCAAGGUCUUCGCUUGGAACGAAGGCUGGAGGACUUACUUUAACAAUUGGUUUACUCGGAGGUAUAUUUUUGAUUUUCGCAAGUAUGAGCAUGAUUAUUGUAAGUCCCCAGAUACUGCUAAGUUCGACCACGAAGAUUCUAGUCGGGUCUGA